UCCAAUCCAAUUCUCUCAUUCACUCUUUCUUUUAAAGUUUUCUCCAAUAAAGAAUUAUUUCCAAAUUUCAAAAACACACCAUGUACGGCUACACUUAUACUAACGAUAUCCAUUACGGCGGCUACUCUACCCAAUACUACGGCGGCGCCAACGUCCCGUUGCCGCCAAUGGUGGUGCCGCCGGAAGCUCUGGCAUCCCUGCCGCUGCCGCCGCCCCUGGUGAUCCCCGGCAGCGACUACGACUCGCUGUCGCCGCUGAAGUCGGAGAUUAAUGGCUACAGCAGCAGCGAAUACAGCAGCUACGGCUCCCCCAGCUCCGCCACCAGCUACGGCGGCAUAACCAACUUCCAGAGAAGCAUCAGCAGCCACUCGCUCCAGAAGAACACCGACGGAUAUUACCCGUCGCCCACCGGAUUUCUCGACCUGGAUUGCAGUCCGGUGAGAAAAGUUUUCAGCACAGGCGAUCUACCUGUGAGUUCGCACAUUCAGAUAGCAACUGGAAUAAACUUGGCGCAACGUAACCAUAGGUCAGAGAGUCCACUAGCCAGUGAAAGCAAUAGCAUAAUAGAAGGAAUGAACAAAGCGUGCCGGUAUAGUCCGGAGGAGAAGAAGGAGAGGAUCGAGAGGUAUCGGAAUAAGAGAAACUUACGCAACUUCACUAAGAAGAUCAAGUAUGAGUGCAGGAAAACCUUAGCAGAUAGCAGGCCACGCAUCCGAGGAAGGUUUGCCAGGAAUGAUGAGUCGUGUGAGAGGACACCUCAAAGUGAAUGGAACAUGAUUCGGGCCGGUUUAAUGGAGGAAGAUGAUGAUGGGGACAUGGAUGAUGAAGCUUGGAUCAAUUUGCAGAUGAUUGAUGGAUUUAAUUUCCAGCAAAUCUAAUCUCCAGUGGGAGAUAUGAUGAUGAUCAAGCUAAGUUUAGUAUCAUUAGAUAUUUGCAGUUUAAUUUUCUAGUUCAUUAAAAAAAAAAGAAGGAAAAAGAACAUUAAAGAUCUGAUGAUACUAAUUAAGGUAGUUUAAUUAUUAAUUAGUGUGAGUUGUUGGUAUAGAAGUCAAGUUUUAGGAUAGUUUCCUAAAGAAGAUGAAGAAGAAGAAGAGCUUCCUAAGUUUUUAGUGUUAAGGAGCUCAUGAUGAUGAUGAUGUUGUAAUUCUUGUUUAAUUUACAUGUUUCUAAUGGUGCAUUAUUAUUGUAAGAGUCAUUUUUAAGGUUGUAAGUAUAAGUUGCUCAUGUACAAUUGUUUUA